CGAAGUUGCUAAAACCCUAACCCCUGAAUUAUGUAGGAGUACGACUAAAGAAAACCCAAAUCUUAGGAAGCUGAACUAAUUCCCACAAGUAUAGUAAAUAUGGCCUCUUUGGCCUUCUUUGGUAGUCUUGUAAUUCCCCACAGAAACCCCGCUUCCACUCAUGAUGCGUCCUCAUUAUUCAGGUGUAACAGUGUAGCGGAGCCAUUGAAGUACAAGGACAAUGGGAAACCAGGCAGCUUGCCCAAUAGCAUUAGCAGUGAUUAUGGACAAGUAGCGUCGAUUCCAAGCUUCUUGACCACUCGUCAAUUAUAUGAAAGAAUCCCAGUUCAGAAAAAUGACACCCGGCUUCGAAUUUUCUCGGGCACUGCUAACCCUUCUUUGUCACAGGAAAUUGCGUGUUAUAUGGGUCUGGAGCUUGGAAAAAUUAAGAUAAAACGAUUUGCUGAUGGAGAGAUUUAUGUUCAACUACAAGAGAGUGUUAGAGGGUGUGAUGUAUAUCUUGUGCAGCCCACCUGUCCUCCGGCAAAUGAAAAUCUUAUGGAGCUCUUGAUAAUGAUUGAUGCUUGUCGAAGAGCAUCAGCCAAAAAUAUUACUGCUGUUAUUCCUUAUUUUGGAUAUGCUAGAGCUGAUCGAAAGACACAAGGGCGCGAGUCAAUAGCAGCCAAACUUGUGGCUAAUCUGAUUACCGAAGCUGGUGCAGACAGGGUUCUUGCCUGUGACCUUCAUUCUGGUCAGUCCAUGGGAUAUUUUGACAUUCCAGUGGAUCAUGUACAUGGUCAGCCUGUCAUACUUGAUUACCUUGCCAGCAAGGCCAUAUGUUCUGAUGAUCUAGUUGUGGUCUCACCGGAUGUUGGUGGGGUUGCUAGAGCGAGAGCUUUUGCCAAAAAGUUGUCUGAUGCACCUCUUGCAAUUGUUGAUAAAAGGCGUCAUGCGCAUAAUGUUGCUGAGGUGAUGAAUUUGAUUGGUGAUGUGAGGGGAAAAGUAGCAGUUAUGGUGGAUGACAUGAUUGAUACUGCUGGAACCAUUGCAAAAGGAGCAGCUUUGUUGCAUCAAGAAGGAGCUAGGGAAGUUUAUGCUUGCAGCACUCAUGCUGUUUUCAGUCCUCCUGCAAUUGAGCGGUUAUCAAGUGGCCUAUUCCAAGAGGUUAUCAUAACAAACACUAUUCCAGUAGCAGAAAAGAACUAUUUUUCCCAGCUUACGAUCUUAUCUGUGGCAAACCUCCUGGGUGAGACCAUAUGGCGGGUGCAUGACGAUUGUGCUGGUGGAUUUGAACCCUAUUCGAGCUUGGGCAUUGAUUGAUGAAUUUUUCAAUGCUGCCGUCCCUGCAUUGACUGUCAUUUUGCUCACCUGAAAGCAGCCAUUUGAGUCUGAAAUAAGUCACUCUUUUCUUUCAAUAAUUUUUUACCCUUGUACAAAUGUGCUAUACAAGAUCUUCAUAGAUGCAUGUUACAGAGUGGAAUUUUAUUUAUAUCAAAUCUUUCAGUGACUUGUUAUCUUUAUAUAAACAAUCUUCUAAAGGCUAUUGUUUACGUA